CCCGCCCGGUUCCUCGGUUGACGCGCGGGGGCGGAGCGGCUCCGGGCCGGUGCCAGGGGCGGUGGUGGCAGCGCCGGAGGAAGCGGCGGCGCGGGGCGAUGUGGCCGGCGGCCCCGGCGGGGAGCGGCGCCUGCCUCCUUCUCCUCCUCCUCCUCCUCCCGCCGCUGCUGCUGCUGUCGCUGGUGGUGCGGCAGCUGCUGAAGCAGCGGCGGCCGCCCGGGUUCCCCCCCGGCCCCUCGGGGCUGCCCCUCAUCGGCAACAUCCACGCGCUGGGCGCGGAGCAGCCGCACGUCUACAUGCGGCGGCAGAGCCAGAUCCACGGGCAGAUCUUCAGUCUCGAUCUUGGAGGCAUCUCUGCUAUUGUACUGAAUGGCUAUGAUGCAGUAAAAGAAUGCCUUGUUCAUCAAAGUGAAAUUUUUUCUGAUAGACCAUCUCUUCCCUUGUUUAAGAAGCUGACAAAUAUGGGAGGCUUACUGAACAGUAAAUAUGGCAGAGGAUGGACAGAACAUCGCAAAUUAGCUGUAAAUACCUUUCGAAUUUUUGGAUAUGGUCAAAGGUCCUUUGAACACAAAAUUUCAGAAGAAUCUAUGUUUUUUCUUGAUGCCAUUGAUACGUACAAAGGCAGGCCAUUUGAUCUUAAGCACUUGAUAACAAAUGCUGUUUCAAACAUCACUAAUUUGAUUAUUUUUGGAAAACGUUUUACAUAUGAAGAUACUGAAUUUCAGCACAUGAUUGAGAUUUUUAGUGAAAACAUUGAAUUAGCUGCUAGUGCUUCUGUGUUUUUAUAUAAUGCUUUUCCUUGGAUUGGUAUCUUGCCAUUUGGGAAACACCAGCAACUGUUUAAAAAUGCAGCUGAAGUCUAUGACUUUCUUCAUGAGCUUAUUGAACGUGUCUCUGAAAACAGGAAGCCUCAGUCACCUCGACAUUUUGUAGAUGCAUAUUUAGAUGAGAUGGAUUGCAAUAAAAAUGAUCCGGAAUCUACAUAUUCACGAGAAAACUUAAUUUUCUCUGUUGGAGAACUCAUCAUAGCUGGGACAGAAACCACAACAAAUGUUUUAAGAUGGGCAGUGUUAUUUAUGGCACUUUAUGCAAACAUUCAAGGACAAGUUCAAAAGGAAAUCGAUUUAGUCAUCGGCCCGAACAAAAUGCCUACCUUGGAAGAGAAGUGCAAGAUGCCAUACACUGAGGCUGUUCUACAUGAAGUCCUAAGAUUCUGCAAUAUAGCUCCACUUGGUAUUUUUCACGCAACUUCCAAAGAGACUGUUGUCCGUGGUUACUCUAUUCCUGAAGGCACCACAGUCAUUACAAAUCUCUACUCUGUUCAUUUUGAUGAAAAAUACUGGAGCAAUCCAGAAGUGUUUUUUCCUGAGAGGUUUUUGGACAGCAGUGGGCAGUUUGUCAAGAAAGAUGCAUUUAUUCCUUUUUCACUAGGAAGAAGACAUUGUCUUGGAGAACAACUAGCGCGAAUGGAAAUGUUUUUGUUUUUCACUUCAUUACUACAACGAUUCCACCUGUGUUUUCCUCAUGGUGUGAUUCCAGAUCUCAAACCAAGAUUAGGCAUGACAUUACAACCACAGCCGUACCUCAUCUGUGCAGAAAGGCGUUGAAGAGAAGAGUCUAGAUUGUCAAGUUGAGCACAAUAUUCCAAGAUGCAGCUGAGGAUCCACUUUACCUUCUAUUUCUAAAGGUGUUCAUAUCAGAAGAACUAAAACUUUAAAGGACUUGCGAACAAAUUCCGAUUAUUUGUGCACAAGUUAAUAGUUUCUUUUUACUCAACCAAAGUUGUGAAACAUAUCAUGUGUUUAAACUUGAUGUUUUCACUCCAGAAGUCUGUUUUGAAUCUAACUUCUGAUUCAGGUUUUAAAUAUUUAAUUACUUAGUAAACCGUUUUACUUUUGGGGGUUAUUUGUAUAAGUAUGGAGAACGUGACUGAAAGUUUUUGUACUCUGAUUCAUCUAUGGAAAUCUCAUUUACAUUAUUCCAGCUGAGCUGUUCUUUAUAAUUCUCCAUUAAAUUUACAUAGCUGGAAAGGUUUUAAAGGUAUCCAUUUAAAUUUCUGCAACUCAGAAUAAACUAUUUUUUCCAGCCUUGACAAGCAAAUCGUCUAUUAAAGCAUUUUAAUCCUUCCUUUUUCUUGCCUUGCCUGCCCUGUUGAUCACAAUCAGAUGACUAUGAAUUCACUUAUGAAAUCACAUCUUUCAUGGCUUACUUUUCAUUUAGUACAAAGUAUUCUGUUAUUGCAGUAUUGCUGACAAUCACAGGAAUCUUUUUUUGCCAGUUUAUGGCAUUUCCAGACAUAUCUUCUCCAUCGCCUUCAAACAUUAUUUAAUGAUUAAUCUCUGCCUAAGUAGCCUGGAAAAAACAGUGUUUGUGCUACCAGAGUCACACGUAGCUAUAUUACAAGUCAAGAAUAUAAGCUGCUUGUGUCUUACUAGAGUUGAGACGUCCUUGGGGAGGAGAAUGGAAUGGGUUGGGGAGAAACAGAUUUUGAAUGGAUUUUAAGCACACGUUUUAGGCAGAACAGCUACCCUUGACUUCUGCUAAGAUCAUUUUUUUUGUUCUUGACAGCCCUAUAGCAGAACCUAACACUCUAUGUGGUGUGUUCAGUCCCCAGCAUGUAGGGAGAAGUGGGGCCUUGGAACAGGGUUCAGAACAAAACACACUGAGCCAGCGGCUAUUUAAGGACAGGGCUGAAUGUUAGACCUUGUUCUUUAUACAGUUUAUUCUUCAACUUGUAGCUGCAGGGAUGUUCAAAGGCAGGGAUUGGUGGUUUUCUGCUGACCUGGUGUUUUCGGCUUUUACUGAGAGAAGUACUUGCUUUCUUCUGAAAUAGUGAAAGAGAAGGAUCAAACAGAGCUGAUAUCUGUCCAUAUAUAUAAUAGCCUAUUGAUAUAAGAUGCAGCAGGGCCAGAUUAAAUUAUUUUCUCUGUCUGAAGAUAGUCAGACCCACGUGUCCCACAGACAACAUCUCAAACACAUAUUUCUGGUGCUCUGAAGAGGAUGGGCAGGCUACUCCUCUUGCUGAGUAACCAUUUUUCGGUAGAGAAGAUUCCUCUUCAGAAAGAGGAAGGAGGUAAGCCCGAUUGCUGUCCAUUUGGCACACCAUGAAAGCAGCAACUAAACCACUCAUAAGAUACUGGCAAACAGUGGGGUUUAGGAGUCAAAAUUGAGGCUUUUCUGGAUACCUGAUAAGUACAUGUUGGGUGCUUGUGAAAUGCUGAAGUAAGAAGUUGUGGAAUCUACUGAAUUUAGGUGCCCUCAGUAUGAAGCAAUACUGAACAGAAUAGUUCAGUGCUACAGUUCUGGACUCACAAUUCUUCCUAUAUCCCACACUGUGGUCUUAGAUCAGACAGACAGAGUCUAGGCUUGCCUUAUGGGUUGCAAGACCUCUAGGAUAUCCUUUGGUUAAAACAUGAUUCAAAUAAUCCUAAUUGAAGUGAAGGGAGGAUUAAAAAAAUCAAGAACUGGUUCUUGCGGGGGCUACACUUAAAAUGCAGCUGUCCAGUGAUGAUUCCCUUCUGCUGAGGUAUUUUGAGUUCUAACUCCUGGCUAGCCUUUAAUCUGUUUAAUGAGAACUGUAUUGAUUAUAUGUCAUUCUGGUUCCUAAAUCAAAACACCUUAUAAAAACCUCAGAAUUUCAAUCCAGACUUCUACCAUUAUCUGCCAACUUAUGGUCUCGUUUAAGCAAUCAAGUACAUUUGACAAACUGUCUUUUGUGUAAAUCUAUAUUAGUAAUAGUUAUAUUAACAUGCUUCAUUCUGUAUCAACUUUUUAAUUGUUUCUCCCAACUUCUUAGAAUUAUCCUAAUGAUCCAACCUAAAAAUUUGAAAUAAUAAUAAUAGGUUUUUCCAGUCCCCUGGAAUUUCUGCGUUGUAUCAAGAUGGGUUAGUAAGUAGUAGAUGAUCAGUAGCCAGCCAGAUGUUCAGACUCUCCUGUUGAGCUGUACAGCUGAAAUACCUAGCAUAGCUGGCUGCUGUUUAACAUUGCUUUGGGAUUAAAGGUUGACAUAUUAACCAGUGUAUCUUUUCCUGGUUGUAGGAUUUGAGGAUGAAAAAAGACGGUAACUAAUGUGUUGAGAGUAAAAAAAGGUGAUUUACUAUCUUUCAGAAGAUGGAAAUGUGAAAUGUGAUCGAGUUUUCCUACAAGAUUUGCCAUUACAAUGCUGAGAGAUAACUACCAUUCACACAAAUAAAGGAGACUUUCAGAAGAGGUGUCAACAGUCAUAAUCAGCAAAAAAAGAUAUACUUCUAAUUCACCAGUCAGAGCUCGUUCUUGCCA